ACCAAUAGGGACAGGAGAAGGCAUGACAGCAAAAUUACUUUCUGUUUCGUUUUUCAAACGUUCGAACAUGGCGGAAAAAGAAAUAAAAACAGACAAUGGAAAUUCUAUUGGUAUGAAGUCUUGCUUAUCUGAUGGUGUCCCUCCUAUGAAUGAAAGAAGUUUAAAUGAAGUUGAGUCUAUUGGUAUGAAGUCUUGUUCAUCUGGUGGUGUCCCUACAAGACCUCCUAUACAGGAGUCAGAACCAGCUGCAUUUAAUGCGAAAUCAUCUGUAAAAACCAAAGGCAUAAUAAGGAUGUAUGAUAUAUCUCAAUACCCUUGGGAUCGAGCUCAGAUCUUGGUCAAAUUUAUACUGGCCGAAAAACAUGAAGAGAUAAGUAGAGAGAUAGAGCUGAAUGAGGUUAUCCAACAUGGUUGUUGUACACCCAAGCAAUUUAAUACAUUAGAUGAUAAUGAUGAGACCAUUCAAGGGUAUACAGUUACUAUAGAGUUUGAAAGUUUCUGUAAGAUUUGGAUACAACCUACAGAAAGCCGUCUUAGGAUUACCCCAAGCCAGCCACAAAUAUUUACCAAAGAAGACUUAUUGGUGAACUCACGUCUGGCAGAAUGCAGCGUAAACUACAUUGUAGAAGACGAAGAGAUGGUUUUCAAAUGUACACAUGGAGAGCUGCUGAAAUUACACAUUGAGACUCAUGAGAAGCAAAAAAUCGUCAAGGAAUUUAACCUAUAUAUUAACAAGAAUGUACACCCAAACACAGAAGUUUAUAACUGCACGAUGCCUUUGCGGGACAGACAGUUGUUACAACGGAACCACAUAUUUAUCUUGGACAAUGUUUCUGAUUCAUUUGAAUUGUCUCGUAAGUUGUUCUCUGAAGGAAUCUUAUCAUGUAACGACUUGGAAGAUUUAGAUGCUGUCAAAGAACGUAGAAAACAGAUUGAUAAACUGUUACAGAUUAUUCCAAGACGGGGAAACAUCCUUAAAACAUUCAUAAAGGUUUUAAAUGAUAUAAAUCCAAGAGUAGCAACCCAUCUGCUGGUGACCUCAUGAUAUUUUGUGUAUUUUCCCAAGAAAAUGGUGUAUUAGCAUUUAGUUAUUUAUAGGAUUAACACUAGUGAUAAUGCAAUUGAUAAUGUAAUAAUUACAUGACAAGUGAUUGUUAAAGACAGUCUACAGUACAAAUCGAAGUGAGCAGUUGUCUUGCCGAAUUAGCCGAAUUGCCGAAUCUUGAUGAACAAAUGUCUUUCUUUCUUUAUCAAGAUAGAGGAAUUUGAAAAGUCACAGAAAUUUUCAAAUUUGUCAUGUUGUUUUCAUAAGAAGAUCAAAAUUUUCGGACUAGAAUAUGUAUAAACUGUAUGAAAACCAGUGGUGACUGGCGAACCGCCUGCUACUAUUUUCUGAGCCCCAGCUACUUAUAUAUACUUGCUUAAUUGAUUUAUUGGUUUAAUAAAAUACAAUAUUUUUUUCAAUUAAAGCCGCAUUGUCACCAGUUUACUUCUGGUCGAUUACGUUACAAUCUCCGAUGAUUUUUAACGAAAAACGUGAAAAAUAUUGAAAGCAUAAUGAUUGAUAAUUUAGAGCGGAUGGCCUGUUAAAUAUCUCGGAUUCUAAUAGAUUCUUAUGUCUUUUAACGGUUGAGGUUUCCGUCGAACCUCCUGACAGUGAACUGGUGACAAUGCGGCUUUAAGGUUGCAACCGAGAAUCUAAGUAUUGUAACCCAAAGUGGGACAUGGGUAGUGUAUAAAUGGCUGAAUCCUGGUCUCUGAACGCCAUGUUAAAUGUUUAGAGGAACAUAAACAAGAAUGCUAAAGCUUUCUAAAUCUGUGUUUGUUUCUAUUUACACUUUUUUCCCAUUUAUUUGUUACCCAUGAAGCUCUGCAGGUUAUGACACAUGGACUCUCCGAGUGCAACCAUAUUUAAAAUACUAGGUGUAAACAUUUAGUCUAUUUGUGCCGACUCAAAUACAAAUGCUAAAACAGAUGGAGUGAUGCUUAGGUUUAAAGUAGUCCAAGUUUAUUUGAUGUUGAGUUUCUGUUGCACAAGUCAUAACAAAUAUGGUGUUGGCACAACAACGGAUUGAUGUUGAA